GCCGCAUCGCCUCACCAUGGUGGCACGGCAUCGAUGUAAUCCUACAGGCUCUACUCGUGUUAUCCUGACCUGCUUCCCCGUCCCUCUUCACAGCGCAUAAUCUCUACACUGAAUCAAUCCUCGCAAACCCGCCCGAUCCUGCUUAGCAAAGGCAUCACGAUCGGGGAGUCGACAUGACUCGCGGUAGAAACUUAACGCCAAGACCAACUGACUCGCGCCGCCGGACCGAUGAUUUUCCGGUAUCGGCGGCCAAAAUGAAAUUUGUCUGGGGCUUCAAUGCCAACGACAUUGGCCAAGUCAGUGACUCAGUCACCAUUCGCUGCUCAGUCUACAUACCUGGUGUUCUACAUUCUAUCUGCCCUUAUAUGUAGGCUUCGAACAAAUUUGUCCACCAUGGCGCCUGAUGCGGGCGAAGACGCCCAUCUGAACUGGUGGGCCGAGCAUCUAAAAGACCAGACAAUAUCACCGUUGACCAGGGACUAUCCCGAAGCUACCUCGGAGAAUGUCGCGAAGAGACCCAUUGAGGCCAUCGAGUCACUACCUGCUCCCAGCAGUACCUCAGAGGCUUUGAAGAAACUUUCCAGUCUUGGUUCACUCACAACCGUUUUGCAGACUGUUCUUCUUGUGCUGGUGAGCAGGUUAACGGGAGACGAAGACAUCAGCAUUGGAACCAACGCCCAGCAAGAUGGCCCAGCGUUCGUCCUCAGGACGUCAAUCAGUCCCUCAGAAUCAUUUUCGAGCUUGUUCAAGAGGGUACAGGAGCUGUCCACCGAGGCUUCAGCCAAGGCUGUGCCACUUGACACGAUUCAAGCCCGUCUCAAAACACAAGCUCUUUUCCGGUUCGCUGCCUUCAACAGUAGCCGUCCAGAGGAUACCAGCCUAGCUGGUGGCGUCGAGUCCAUUGAUCUACAGUUGGCCUACUCUCUUUCUGGGGCUCACAACCUCCGACUAACAGCACGGUACAACCAGCGUCUGUUUUCGAGUGCAAGGAUAGCAGGAAUUCUAGCCCAGAUCACCAGAUUUCUGGAGAACCUCGCCGUGGACGUCAACAAUGAAGUCGGAAAAAUUGUUUUCAUGACACCAGAGGAGGAGAAGCUUGUCCCUGACCCAACCAGCGACCUUGAAUGGUCCUGUUUCCGAGGCGCCAUUCACGACAUUUUUUCCGCCAAUGCCGAGCGCCACCCUGAGCGGACUUGUGUGGUUGAGACAAAGUCUGAAGAGGGCCCCGAACGGAAGUUCACAUAUCAACAAAUCCACGAGUCUUCGAACAUCCUGGCACAUCAUCUAGUCCAAUCGGGAUUGGAGAGGGGAGACGUUGUCAUGAUCUACUCCUACCGCGGAGUGGACCUGGUCGUGGCGGUCAUGGGCACGCUCAAGGCGGGUGGCACUUUCUCCGUCUUGGACCCUGCAUAUCCACCGGACCGGCAAAAUAUCUACCUCGAUGUGUCGAGGCCGCGAGCGCUGGUGGUGAUUGAAAAGGCCACCCAAGACGCCGGCGAGCUAUCGGACAAGGUUCGGGGCUUCAUCAACGAGCACUUGGAUCUGAAGACGGAGGUCCCUGCCCUGCGACUGAAAGACGACGGUAGUCUGCAAGGAGGCAACGUUAAUGGCAAGGACAUAUUCGAACCUAUUCGAGGCCUCAAGAGCAAGAGCCCGGGCGUCGUGGUCGGGCCCGAUUCCACGCCAACCUUGUCCUUCACAUCAGGAUCCGAGGGGAAACCCAAAGGUGUGCGAGGCCGCCACUUCUCUUUGGCAUUUUACUUUGACUGGAUGGCCCAGACUUUCAACCUGUCCGAGAAGGACAAGUUCACCAUGCUCAGCGGAAUAGCACACGACCCGAUCCAGCGAGACAUGUUCACACCGCUAUUCUUGGGUGCGCAACUGCUGGUGCCGUCGAAGAACGACAUCCAGAACGAACGACUGGCUGAAUGGAUGAACCAACACGGCGCCACCGUGACUCACCUGACGCCGGCAAUGGGACAAAUCCUGGUCGGCGGCGCCGUGGCACGGUUUGAGCAACUGCACCAUGCCUUCUUCGUGGGCGACAUUUUGAUCAAACGCGACUGCAAAUCGUUACAAAAUCUGGCCCCCAAUGUGCGCAUUGUGAACAUGUAUGGCACAACUGAAACACAACGGGCCGUGAGUUACUACGAGAUCCCGAGUCGGAAUGAGCGAGAAGGGUUCCUGGACGGCAUGAAGGACGUGAUCCCGGCCGGACGCGGCAUGUACAAUGUGCAGAUGCUGGUGGUUAACCGGCACGACCGGAGCAAGCUCUGCGCGGUUGGGGAGAUUGGUGAAAUCUACGUGCGAGCAUCAGGACUUGCCGAAGGAUACCUGGGCAACCCGGAGCUCACCAAGCAAAAGUUUGUGGACAACUGGUUCCCCGGCCACGAAAAGGGAGUGGAGAUUGACCGGGCGCGGUUCGAGGCCAAAUACAAAAAUGAGCCAUGGGCACAAUUCUACCUUGGACCCCGCGACCGCCUUUACCGCAGCGGCGAUCUGGGCCGGUACACACCGACCGGCGAUGUCGAAUGCUCCGGGCGGGCGGACGACCAGGUCAAAAUCCGAGGGUUCCGGAUCGAACUUGGCGAGAUUGACACGCAUCUGUCGCAGCAUCCAUUGGUACGGGAGAACGUGACGCUCGUGCGCCGAGACAAGUUCGAAGAGCAGACUCUAGUCAGCUACAUCGUGCCGCAGAUGAAGGCAUGGACGCAGUUCCUGGCCGAGAAGGGCCUGAAGGACGAACCGGACGACGGAUCGCUGGUAGGCCGGUUCGAGCGAUUCCGACUCCUGCAGCAAGAGGUACAAGAAUACCUACGCACCAAGCUGCCGGCCUAUGCGGUGCCGUCCAUCAUCGUGCCGAUGCGUGCGAUGCCCCUGAACCCGAACGGCAAAAUCGACAAACCCAAGUUGCCAUUCCCAGACACGGCAAUGCUCUCAGCCAGCCGACGCCGCAAGUCAUCGACAGCGCAUCAACUCAGCGAAACGGAACUGGCUCUAGCCCACAUCUGGGCCAAGCUGGUGCCGGGACUCGCGCCACGCACCAUCAAGCCAAGCGAAUCUUUUUUCCAUAUCGGCGGCGAAAGCAUGAAGGCGCAACAACUCGCGUACCACGUGCGGAGGACACUUGGGGUCGACCUGCCCAUUAGCAAGAUCUACCAUCGCCCGACGCUCAAGGAAAUGGCCGCCGUCAUCGACCACAUGAAAGCGGCCAAUUCGCUGGAAGGCGGAGAUGUGGACGAUGAUGCGGAUCAACGCAACGAAGCCAACGGACAAAACGACGGCACCCACGCAGCAGAAGACGACUACGGCGCCGACGCAUUCCGGCUGGCGGAACAAGCACUCCCCAAGUCAUUCCCUACAGCAAAGGCCAACACAAACACCGCAGUUCCCACCUCUGCACCCGUGGUCUUUUUGACGGGCGCCACGGGAUUUCUAGGAUCAUAUAUCCUCAAAGACCUCCUCGACCGGCAAGGACCCGCAGUAUCAAAAGUGAUUGCCCUAGUGCGAGCCAAGGAUUCCGCAACAGCCAUGUCGCGCGUCAAAGUAACAUGUCAAGCCUACGGAGUAUGGAACUCUUCAUGGGAAACAGAAGACCGCAUCCAAUGCAUGGCAGGAAGUCUGGGCCCAGCGCGGUUUGGACUAUCUGACGCAGAAUGGAAACAACUAGUAAACGAGGUUGACGUGGUGAUCCACAACGGGGCCCAAGUACACUGGAUCAACACGUACGAGAUGCUGAAACCCGCAAACGUAAUGGGCACCCUUGAAGCACUCAAAAUCUGCGCGGAAGCACUGGCCACAAAACCAAAACUAUUUGCAUUCGUCUCGUCGACCAGCGUGCUCGACCACGACCACUACGUCGCCGAGUCGGAGCGGAUCAUAGCCGCGGGCGGCGAAGGUAUCAGCGAGGAUGACGACCUGAUGGCCAGCAAGACAGGACUGGGGACGGGCUACGGCCAAAGUAAAUGGGUCGCCGAGUACUUGAGCCGCGAGGCCGGUCGCCGCGGACUGCGCGGCUGCGUCGUGCGACCAGGUUAUGUCCUCGGUUCGUCGCAGACCGGAGUGACCAACACAGACGACUUUUUGGUCCGUAUGCUCAAGGGCUGUAUUCAGCUGGGCACGCGGCCAAAUAUCAACAAUACCGUCAACAUGGUCCCCGUCGACCAUGUCGCUCGUACUGUUGUUGCAUGUGCGUUCCACCCUCCCGGCGGGACCACCACAGACGGCAGCGUCUUCUCCGGCUCCUCCGUCGUCGUCGCCCACGUCACAGGCCACCCCCGUCUGCGCUUCAACCAAUUCCUCGCCACGCUCCAGACCUACGGCUACAAGGCCGACCUAGUCGACUAUGUCCCCUGGGCGUCAUCACUCGAACAUUUCGUCAGCACGCAGCGCGACUUUGCACUAAUGCCACUAUUCACGUUCGUCGCGAACGAUUUGCCUUCCAACACGCGGGCUCCGGAACUGGACGACCGCAAUGCCGAAGCUGCGCUAUAUGCCGAUUCGCAGUGGACCAAAGUCGAUGCCAGUGAGGGCGCCGGUGUAACCAAGAACACUAUUGGGUUAUAUUUGGCCUAUUUGGUCGAGAUUGGUUUCUUGCCUCCUCCACCAACAGCCAGCGGUAACGGAGAUGCCGAAGCAAAUGGUGCUGGUGCUGGGCCCGGUGCUGGUGCCGGUGCCGGUGCCGUCAAACGUCUUCCCAAGGUCACCAUCAGCGAUGAGCAACGCAAGGCUUUGGCCAGCGUCGGUGGUCGAGGUGGAACGAGCUGAACAGCCUGAGCUUAUUUGGGACCGACUGCUACUGUACCUGGAUGUUUUUCCCUGUUCAAAAUCAAAACCAGCAAAAGGAUAAGGCCGCUGUCAGACACAGGAUUCGGGUCAUGUCAAGUUAGAUGCUAGUACUGUCCUGUAGGUCCCUUUUGUAUUUAUCUCUGAUAACCCGGACGGACCUCAAAAAGCUCUCAGCGAGCACAAUCAAAUAGAUCAAUCUUCGCAUCAUGCUUACCCCAGCGUGGAACUUUCCCUCGAAAAAAACCACAGAAGAUUAAACUCUCCUCCGCCACUGGCUCCGUAUUGUCCUACAGGUACCAGUUCAUGCAGUACAAGGAAAAGAGGCCUCUCGCGACCAAAAAGAACAACACACACUCACACACUCCUCUUAUUGUCUAUAACCUAUAAUAAGUAAUAAAAACCCUGGGUCAUUCGCUGCCCUGCUCUGGACUUUCA